AUGUGGGGGCUUCUGCCGCUAACCACAUUACUUCUCUUUACUAUUUUCACGGCUGCAAACUCUGAAGAGAAACAGGACGUGGGAAAAGGAGCUAUCGUGAGAGCUCGCUUAGAGGUGAAGGCUUUCAUUAGAGAGCUAUUGCCUCACUACCAUGAUGUAAAAAUCAGGUACAUUCCAGGAAAAGACCCAACCAUGGUGUUCUUAAAUGCUGACAACAAAGUGGUGCUGGAAGAGGAUGUUGCAGAGAAGAAAAGAGAGGAAAUAUCCCAGCUUCUGGAAACACAUGGCUUGUUGAAAUCAGCAGAAGCCAGGAGUGAAGUUCCAGAGGAUCCAUUUGAGGAAGAACCAGAGGAACCUGAUGAACCAUGGAAUGAGGAGGAGGACAGGGAGGAAGAUGGGUUUGAAGAUGGGCCUGAAGGGCCAGAAACAGAGGAAGAAGAUGACGAUGAUGCUACUGAGCAUACAGAACUUUAGAAUAUCAAAACGAAUUUAAAAAAGAUUAGCAUCAAAGGGGAUUAAUAUCUUAUUGUAAUGUGCAGUUCCAGAGAAUAUCCAUAUCCACCCCAAGGAAGGUGAACAGAAAAUACAUGGGGAAGGGGGAUUCAAAAGCCAAACUUUUUAAAGGAAACUAUGAAGCUAAACUGAAAUUUUCCAGUGGCGGGGAUUCAAACUAAAAAACCUUCCUUGGGAAGGGGAUGGUUAUUUUCUGGAACAACACAAUUCUACAGUAGUUAUAUUUAGAGCAGUUUUCAAAUGAGUGUUGUUAAGCCAACAUCAAAGCCAUCAUUCUAGACAAGAGACAGUCAGACAAUCCAAUGAACCAAUCAAAACACCAAGCAAAUUUACUUAGCUGAUGGGAAGUGCUGCAAAAUGUGUGCAAAUGAGUCAUGAUUGGUGUUGAUUUUACUUUUGAUUGGAUGACACAUUGUCAAUUGCUUACAAUACAAAUCCCAAACCAACGUGAAUCAUUUUCAACACUCCAUUGAAAACCGCUCUUUUGUUUAUGAAUUAAUAUAUAUUAUUGGUAGGUGGUAGAUAGCUUUAACUUUACAGACGGUCACAGUAACAACACUUUUUAAAUAGCUGUCGCACGCAUUUGUAUUGAGCUUUCAAGUGAACCCUGAUCUUAGAGAUGUUCAAGAGACAAUGAUGCAGCUGUGGAUAAAUUUUACAUUUCACUCCUGUUGAGAAACCCUCUUGCUACUUUAUGAGGAUGAGUUCUGUCAUGGAAGUUAGAUCAAGUGCAUUGUAACUGGGAUAUUAAAGUGUUCACAAAUUUGGAAAACUUGAA